AUCGUUUUCUAUAAUUACUUUGAGACGCUUAUUUUGUGAGCAGAUUGAAACGGGUUUGUUGCUUUGGAAAACAAGUGACUUUAACGAGAACAAAAACGGGAAACAUGACAACGAGCAUUUCACGUAGCAUUGCCAACGGAUCUGUCGUUGUUGGUGUUAUCGAACUGGUUGCGGCGAGUGUUAGUGUUGUAGUCGGUAUUUUUGCUAUGUCUACAUACUCCGGGCACUCAUCUUCAUCCGCUGGCAUUUGGGUAUUGGAAUGUCUAAUCCCGGGUACGCUGUCCAUUAUCGCCGGUAGAACAAAGAAUAUUGCUGUCUUCUCCUUCGCCUUGUUCUUCAAUAUUGUCGGCACAGUUGUAUCGUCCGUGGCUGCAUUGCUUCUUUUCUCGUUUUGGACAAUACUUGUUGGUUCUGGGUGUAAUCAUGUCCAAUACGGUUUCGACUGCGCUGUGCACCAUAAAGUAUACGCAAUCGUUGUUAUCCUGGCAGUUAUGAUGAUCAUCUUGGCUAGCACCAGCUUCAUCGGUUGUAUUAUUGGCUGCUUUGCCACAUGUUGCAUUAACACAACUCCCGUGAUUAUUACCUCCGUGCCAGCUCAAACAUCCACCAUAAUUGUCACUUCACAAACUUGCAGUCAACACUCGCAAAGUUAUCAUCCUAUGACUCCACAGAAUGUCAAUGGUUCGAUAACGCAGGCUUACACAGGUGUGCCGGUGCAAGCAUUCGGGUUUCAAACUCCCUGUGUUACAGAUGACGAAAAAGCUUUGAUAAACAACAUUGUACUUUAGGACUUAGGGAGAAGUUUGCUUAGCACUGAUGUACCACAUUAAUACAUCUGUAUUGUUGUCGUUUGUAACGUGAUGUUGUAUAAAUGUAGUGUUUUCUCUUGACUCUGUUUUUGACAGUACUGUUUUAACGUAGAACCCAGUCUACUAGUUAUCCGACUCUGCCGAAAUCCUUUGAGUGAGGCAAGUCGCCAUCUUGAAAGGUGGCAAAACUGGCUGCAUGUACAACUAAAAUGUGCUUCUUUGGUCAAUGAAAUGUUUGAUGAGAUUGA